UGGAGCGCACUGCAAAGCAGCAAAAGCAUCCCUGCUAAGGCAGCACCGGGUGGUCGUCCUCAAUAGUCAAACUGACAGCUUGAAUGUUCAUUCGCCACAGAAGUCUUUUUAGAAAGAGGGUGGCAACUCGCUUGUUUUGAUAGCGUUGUACAAGUGGAUAGAAUUUAACGAGGCAAAAGCGGUGGAGGAGGAGCCAUCUCCAUCGUUUUCUUUGGAUUAAAUUUGCUUUUUUCUCCCCAUCUCUCGAGUUGUCCCCAGCCAUUCAUCCAUAAACCCAUCAGGCCUUCCCUAUUAAAACACCAAGGCCCACAACCAAAAUAAGCAGUUGUGAGCCCAACCACAGUACCACGCUCAAUUUCUUCGGUAACGUAAAACUACGGUAUUUGACCCUUUUUCUGCUUGCCAUGGAUUCUGAUGAAGCAAUUGGGAAUUUUGUGGCUUUUGAAGCAAACCAAAGCAAAUAGCUGAGCGUUUGCUCCGGAUGUGACUCUCUAUAAAGACGCAUACGUGUUUUCCAUUUGGCAUUGUCAUUUUCAAUCCUAUCGACUUAUGUGUUCCUUUUCUAAAUGGAUGUUCAUGUUGGCAUAAGUAGAUACUGCCAUAUCAGUUGGUGUAUAUCUUCGAUCGUGGGUCUCCAUCGUAAAUGGCUGUGAUUGGAAGCUUCAAUUUUGAGUUUGAUUGUUAUUAUUAUUAUUAUUAGGAAAAUACUUUAACCAUAAAGGGAUUAUAUAAAAGUAUACUCACAAACUGAUGUGGUAUAUCAUAUUGUAAAUUUACUUUUAUUGUAAAAUAAAUUUUAUAAAAUUAUGUCAAUUUGUGAGUUUAUUUUGUAUAAUGUCUUUAUUUAUGUAUCAUUUUCCAUAUGUGACGGAGGUCCAUUCACAAUUAUGUUGAGCUUAAUUUUAGCCAUUUAAAAAUGCUUUCGUCCAAGCGAAAGCUCCUUUUGACCGGUUCUUCCUUUCCUUUACUUGAAACCAAAGCGUUCAACAAAAAAAGCUCUUUACGUAUGUCAUCCGUUCCUCCUCUCUCCUUUCUGCUCUCCGGAAACCAGAAGCUGAGAGAGACACGAACAUGCGAAAAUACGUGUAGUAGAAAGAGAAAACUAGAAAAACGAAAACAGGAACAAUGUGGGUUUUCUAUCUCAUAUCGCUGCCUCUAACUCUGGGCAUGGUGGCCAUCACCUUGAAAUAUUUCGCCGGACCCGACGUCCCUCGUUACGUUCUCUUCACCGUCGGAUACACCUGGUUCUGCUCUAUCUCCAUCAUUAUUCUCGUCCCCGCAGACAUUUGGACGACUAUAAUGCACCACCACAAUGGAGGGAUAUCCUUUUUUUGGAGCUUGUCAUAUUGGAGUACUUUUUUGCUUACUUGGGUUGUGGUGCCCACUAUUCAGGGUUAUGAAGAUGCUGGGGACUUCACUGUGACAGAAAGACUAAAGACUAGCAUACACACAAACUUAGUCUUUUACCUCUGCCUUGGCGCCAUUGGACUUUUUGGUCUUAUACUACUCGUUCUUUUACAGAAAAACUGGAGUGGUGGUAUUCUGGGUUUUGCCAUGGCUUGCUCAAAUACUUUUGGACUUGUUACUGGUGCAUUUCUUCUUGGCUUUGGUUUGAGUGAAAUUCCAAAGGGCAUUUGGAGAAAUUCAGAUUGGACUGCUCGCCGAAAGGUUCUGACACAUAAAGUUGCCAAAACGGCCUUGAAACUUGAUGAUGCUCAUCAAGAGUUUUCAAAUGCUAUUGUAAUUGCUCAGGCAACGUCUAAGCAAAUGUCCAAGCGCGAUCCGUUGAGACCCUACAUGAAUAUCGUUGAUAAUAUGCUUCUUCAAAUGUUAAAAGAAGAUCCUUCCUUCAAACCUCAAGGUGGAAGAUUAGGAGAGAAUGAUAUGGACUAUGAUACUGAUGAGAAAACAAUGGCAACACUAAGACGUCAACUUCGUGGAGCUCGAGAGGAAUAUUACCGAUAUAGAAGUGAAUAUAUGAACUUUGUCUUGGAAGCCCUUCAGCUGGAAGAUACUGUAAAAAAUUAUGAGCACCGGAAUGCCACAGGAUGGAAAUAUAUUUCAAGCUUUAGGCCUGAACACACGGGCACACUAGGUUCUCUUCUUGAUAUGAUUGAGUUGAUGUGGCGGUGUAUCCUAGAGAAGCAACUUAAGAAACUUUUGGCAAUCAUAUUAGGUUGCAUCUCUGCUGCAAUUAUUUUAGCCGAGGCUACUAUACUGCCCAGUGGAGUUGAUUUGUCUCUCUUCUCUAUUCUCAUAAACGCUGUCAAAAGGCAGGAGGUAUUUGUGCAGGUAGCUGCUUUCAUCCCUCUAAUGUAUAUGUGCAUGUGCACAUAUUAUUCCUUGUUUAAAAUUGGAAUGCUGAUGUUUUACUCACUGACACCCAGGCAAACAAGCUCAGUCAGCUUGCUUAUGAUAUGCUCGAUGGUUGCACGAUAUGCCCCUCCAAUUUCAUACAACUUUCUCAAUCUCAUUCGUCUUGAUGGAGAUGAAAAAACUCUCUUUGAGCAGAGAAUGGGAAAUAUUGAUGAUGCUGUCCCUUUCUUUGGAAAAGGAUUUAAUAAAAUCUACCCCCUUAUUAUGGUUGUAUACACCAUGUUAAUUGCUAGCAAUUUUUUUGACCGGGUGAUUGAAUAUUGUGGGAACUGGAAGAUAUUCAAGUUUCAAAAUGAUUCAGAUGAUACUGAUGGAUUUGAUCCAUCAGGAGUAAUUAUUUUGCAGAAAGAACGGUCUGGGCUUGAGCAAGGGCAUAAAUUCGCUGAGCAUGUUAUUCCGUUGGCAAGGAAUUUCAACAACAUUAGUAUUAGCCUCGAAUCUGGAAGCAGCAGUCUGGAUAAAGUUGCCCCUGAAUUGAAAGCAACUGAUUUGAUAGAGAAAGAAAAGGGAGGUCAACUAAAACCUUUGGAGGAGGAUCCAUUUGGCAGGAGCAGAAAAACCGUCAACAAGAAGCACACCACCACAAGGGACCACGACAAGAAGGCAUCCGAUAUGGAUUUCGAGAAAAAUGUCACCUCCUCGACUGCUGAUGCAAGCAAAACUCAAAUAGCAGAAGCAGGACCAUCAUCUGGACUAACAUCGAAGUGGGAAGCCAUGAAGACUGGCUUUCAAAAUUUCAAGUCCAACAUUGGUGCUAAUAGAUUCAUUCCUUUACGACAGCUUCGUGAAACUAAACUCGAGUCACGUGUUUCCUCAUCGGAAUCCCUGGAGGAAAUAUUUCAGAGAUUGAAACAGCCAACCAUAAACCAUAGACGUUUCAGUAAAGAUGAUGAUGAUGAUGAUGAUGAUUAUCUCUAUGAUCAUGUCAUGAACAUCGAGAAGGUGUCAACGUCCAGAUAGUCUCCUACGCAGUAAGCAGAAACAUUAUGAAAAUAGGAAUCGCAUUUUUGUAUAAACACCACCCUCUCGAGAUGUGUUUUAGGUGAACUGUUUGACAAACUUUCUACAAGCAGAAACCACACAUACAUUACUAAUUGAUUGUGAAUGACAAUGUAAAAGAGAGAAAAUAGUCCACGAUUAAGCACUGGAAUUGUAACCAAUGGCAGCAACUCUGUACUGCAUGGGUCUAGUUUAUAAUCAUUUAUGAGCGUGAUCUUUUCUCCGACCAAGCAAUAUAACUUUCUUUGAGGACA